CUGCGAUUAUGUCAUCACUAGCGCGCGACGCGCGCGUUCACAGUCAGCGUCGAGUCUUCUGAGGAGAGGAAUUCAUAUUCACUGAAGCUCCUUCCACAAACACUGCAGAAUGAAACACAGUGAAGAUACUGAAGAACAAACAGAGUUGAUUGAAGAAAACAAUGAGAGAGAAAAAUUGAAUGAAGUUGAGGAGAAAAAUCAUGUGAAAAAUGGAGAAAAACCUUUGAGUUGCUCUCAAGCCAAACAGAAAGUUUUAAAGAAAAUAAGAGCCAAGAAAUCUUUCACCUGUACUCUGUGUGGAAAGAUUUUGACGAGCAAAAGAGGUCUUGAGCGUCACACAAGAGUUCACACUGGAGAGAGACCAUACAAGUGUUCACACUGUGACAAGAGAUUCAAUCAGUCUCGAGACCUGAAAACACAUGAGAGGAUUCACACUGGAGAAAAACCAUACACAUGUGAUCAGUGCGGCAAGAGUUUCACACAGAAAGUAAACCUCAAGAAGCACAUGAACAUCCACACUGGAGAGAAAUCAUCCAACUGUUCACAUUGUGGCAAGACAUUCAGUCAGUCUGGAUACCUGAAAGCACAUGAGAGGAUCCACACUGGAGAGAAACCGUACACAUGUGAUCAGUGCGGGAAGAGUUUCACACAAAAAGUAAACCUUACGACACAUAUGAGAAUUCAUACUGGAGAAAAACCGUACAUUUGUGAUCUGUGUGGAAAGAGAUUCACUCACCCUGCAAACCUUAAGGAUCACAUGAACAUCCACACUAGAGAGAAGCAGCACGCAUGUGAUGAAUGCGGUAAAACAUUUUUGAGAGCUCCUGACCUGAAGAAACACUUGCGAGUUCAUACGAAGGAGAAACCACAUUCAUGUUACUUGUGUAGAAAGAGUUUUUUCGUUUCUACAAAAUUUAAAAGUACAUCUGAAAGUACAUACUGUCAUGAAAGAGUUCAUGUGCUGUGAGUGUGAAAAGAUUUUUACUUCAGCUAAACAUUUGAAACAGCACCAGAGGAUUCACUCUGGAGAGAAACCUUACAAGGGUUCAUACGGUGAUCAAAGAUUCAGUAAUUCAGGAGAUCUGAAAACACACAUAAGUAUUCACACUGGAGAGAAACCUUAUCACUGCACUGCAUGUGGGAAACAUUUCAGUCGUUUAUCUGCUUUACACAGUCAUACAAAAAACAUUCACAGUAAGUAGAUCAUCUUCAGAUCCAGCACUUUCAGAUCUGACGCUGCAUCUUUACCAAAAGUUACACAAUAGUGCAAGCAAUAAAAUAUUAGCUGGAUAAAUCAUCAUCUU